CUAAAAAGGCCUUCGAGCUCAAUCCCGAUAAAUUGAUUGAUGGCCGUCGCCUGCGCUGCGAUCUCCGCCUCGUACCCUUCCCUCCAUUUCAGCCCUAAUCCCUCGAGGAGACCCCCUCCGCCGAUCUCCAUCUUCGCUGGCUCCUCCUACGUCGACCCCCUCCAGCUCCGGGCUCUCCUCGGUGCCGCCAACCACUCCUGCCACCGCUUCCCAGCCCUCUCCCCCGACGGCCGCGCCCCGCUCGCUGACCCUGACAAGCUUCGUGUUGCUCUCGCCCAUAGCUCCGUCGUCGUUUCAGUCUUCUGCCGCUUCAAGUUCGUGGCGGAAUAUGGCUCUGGCGCCCGUUGGGAUGUGGUGUCUUCUCCCUCCCCCCUCGAUAUGUUGCUGCAGAGAGCAGUGCCGGCGUCGGCGCAGGAUCGGCAGCUGGUGGGGUUUGGUCGGGCAGUUUCGGACGGUGGAUUGGCAGCUUCCAUUCAUGAUGUAGUGGUUAUCCCUUCUUUACAGAGACGAGGUAUUGGGCGAAAGAUAGUUGCACAAAUUACAAGGAUUCUAACUAGUAGAGGCAUAUACGAUAUCUCAGCCUUGUGUUCAGAAAAUGAGAGGUUAUUUUUUGAGGCCUGUGGUUUCGGAGAGGAUCGUCUUGGUUCUACUACCAUGAUGUAUACACGAACUCCCCCAGACUACAAAAGCAAUCAAGUCGUACGAGUCGCUGGCAGAUUGCAACUUCUGGUCCCACCUGGACGAGAGUUGAGCAGCGCUAUUUUGAAUUCUCAGUCAGAGACUAUCAGGGAGGAGUAAAUUGUUAUCUUCUAGUCAAUCGUAGUUGAUAUGAAAUACUAAUUUUUGAUGGCCAUGGAAUUCGAGUGAUCCUGGCUCGUCUAUUUGGAUUGUUAAAAAGUCUAAUUGGGUCAUCAUCUUCAACUAAAAUCCAAUCCCCAAUUAAUGCACAAUUUCUUCAUCUUA